GUCUCGCAAAUUGAACACCACGAUUGCUAGCCAGCUCCAGGCUUGAUAGAUUGUUUUGAGUCGUGAGUUCUCCCAGCAUCGCACAAGAAAUGUUGAAAGCUGUCAUCAUCGUCUCCCUAGCAGUAGUCAUUCAGACAUUGCCAGUCAAGGAAACUUUGGUUCCAAAAAGUUAUCAAUGGACAACUGAAGGGUUUCGCGGUGUCACAGAUGAAGCCUAUUAUCAAUGGACAACUGAAGGGAAUGGCGGUGUCACAGAUGAAGCCUAUUAUCAAUGGACAACUGAAGGGAAUGGCGAUGUCACAGAUGAAGCCUAUUAUCAAUGGACAACUGAAGGGAAUGGCGGUGUCACAGAUGAAGCCUAUUAUCAAUGGACAACUGAAGGGAAUGGCGGUGUCACAGAUGAAGCCUAUUAUCAAUGGACAACUGAAGGGAAUGGCGGUGUCACAGAUGAAGCCUAUUAUCAAUGGACAACUGAAGGGAAUGGCGGUGUCACAGAUGAAGCCUAUUAUCAAUGGACAACAGAUCAGUAUUUCGACAUUGACUCGUAUACCACUGCUGAAGAGUACUACGACCAAAACACAUACUAUUAUGACUAUGAAUAUUAUGAUGAAGAAGAAAAGAGAAGUGAAGACUCAGUAGAUGAAUCUGAAGAGGAUGAAAAGAGAAGUGAAGACAGUGACUCAGUAGAUGAAUCUGAAGAGGAUGAAAAGAGAAGUGAAGACAGUGACUCAGUAGAUGAAUCUGAAGAGGAUGAAAAGAGAAGCGAAGACAGUGAUUCAGAAGAGGAAUCUGAAGAGGAUGAAAAGAGAAGCGAAGACAGUGACUCAGUAGAUGAAUCUGAAGAGGAUGAAAAGAGGAACGAAGACAGUGACUCAGAAGAUGAAUCUGAAGAGGAUGAAAAGAGGAGCGAAGACAGUGACUCAGAAGAUGAAUCUGAAGAGGAUGAAAAGAGGAGCGAAGACAGUGACUCAGAAGAUGAAUCUGAAGAGGAUGAAAAGAGGAGCGAAGACAGUGACUCAGAAGAUAAAUCUGAAGAGGAUGAAAAGAGGAGCGAAGACAGUGACUCAGAAGAUGAAUCUGAAGAGGAUGAAAAGAGGAGCGAAGACAGUGACUCAGAAGAUGAAUCUGAAGAGGAUGAAAAGAGGAGCGAAGACAGUGACUCAGAAGAUGAAUCUGAAGAGGAUGAAAAGAGAAGCGAAGACAGUGACUCAGAAGAUGAAUCUGAAGAGGAUGAAAAGAGGAGCGAAGACAGUGACUCUGAAGAUGAAUCUGAAGAGGAUGAAAAGAGGAGCGAAGACAGUGACUCAGUAGAUGAAUCUGAAGAGGAUGAAAAGAGGAGCGAAGACAGUGAUUCAGAAGAGGAAUCUGAAGAGGAUGAAAAGAGAAGCGAAGACAGUGACUCAGUAGAUGAAUCUGAAGAGGAUGAAAAAAGGAGCGAAGACAGUGACUCAGUAGAUGAAUCUGAAGAGGAUGAAAAGAGGAGCGAAGACAGUGACUCAGAAGAUGAAUCUGAAGAGGAUGAAAAGAGGAGCGAAGACAGUGACUCAGAAGAGGAAUCUGAAGAGGAUGAAAAGAGAAGCGAAGACAGUGACUCAGAAGAUGAAUCUGAAGAGGAUGAAAAGAGAAGCGAAGACAGUGACUCAGAAGAUGAAUCUGAAGAGGAUGAAAAGAGGAGCGAAGACAGUGACUCAGUAGAUGAAUCUGACGAAUCUGAAGAGGAAGAAUAGAAGUUACAUUAACCCGUUAACUAACUAUUGAAUCAAAAGGAAAUAUUAAUCUAUAAUUUAUUUAGGACAACACAAAGCAAUAUUAACUCGCAAUGUUGAAUAAUUAUCAGCCUAAUUUUAAAUACAUAAAAUAAACUUUAAAUAAAAUUCAA